AUGGCGACAUCCUUGUCAUGGGCUUGUGUCCUCGAGCUCCGCCGUUGUGACGACGUCUGCUCCAGCGCCGACGUGAAGCUUGGGAGGUAUCGUUUCCUCCUCCAGCAUCUUAGUCAUGCGGGGGUGUUAGAUCUGGAGUUUGAUGAUGUGUUGAAAGUGCUGCCCCUAUCUGAUUCGUUCAACAACAAUGGUUUCGUCUUUGACACCUAUUACCAUGCAAAGAAAAAAAAGGUGCUCCAGAACGACAUCGACCUGCUCAACCCGCCGGCGGAGCUCGAGAAGCUCAAGCACAAGAAGAAGCGCCUCGUGCAGUCCCCCAACUCCUUCUUCAUGGAUGUCAAGUGCCAGGGCUGCUUCAACAUCACUACUGUGUUCAGCCACUCCCAGACUGUCGUGGUGUGCCCAGGCUGCCAAACAGUGCUCUGCCAGCCAACGGGUGGCAAGGCCAGGCUAACCGAGGGUUGCUCCUUCCGCCGCAAGGGCGACUAAACAUCCAAAGGCUAUCUAAAAAAGCCAGCGGUUGUUGAACUUUGAGUUAUUCCAGGGUGUUAGUCUGAAGAUUUUGCAAUGUCUGGCAAAUUGAACCCAUCUUUGGUAAUGUGAUAUCUAGCUUGAGUAUUAUUAUGAUGACCACUGUACUAUGUUCCGUUUGGGUUGUGAGAUCAGACUAGUAGUACCUGCCUGGCAAUAUGCUUGUCUUUGAUGAGUUGUUAUUCCUUC